AUGGAAAAAGACAUUUUAGCUCACAUGGAGGCUCUGACGACCCAGGCAAAUGACGCAGAUUCAGCUGCCGCAUACACGGGAGCCCCGCCUGCCAUUCAAACCGUACUCCAAGAUGCUAAUCUUGAUGCAAGUAGUGGGGGAAAUGUGGGGCAGGAAAGCAUGGGUCCAAGAGAGAGUGAUGAGGUGGAAAAAAUGUCCAACCUCAGUCUGUGUCUGAAUAUGGAAGCCGAGGCCCCACGACCACGAGCAGCUACCAAUCACACUAUAUGGCAGAGGACUAACAUCAGGGGACGCAUAGGGAAGAAAAACAGCCGUAAAAGGAGGAAUAGGAAGGAAAGAAAGAUGGUGUAUCUUCCUUGUCCUCUGAUUCUGCGGACUCGAGCAUCUUCGGCAGCCCCAGUUCUGGGUCACACUCCUUUCCUGGGGCCUCUGUUAGAGGAUGAUAUAGAAGUCAGUGUGGAGAACGAAACCUGGGAGCAAAGGGAGAACAGUGAGGGUGAAAAGGCAUCCAUUCUCAGCCAGUCUCAGAUGACACCAGCUGGUGCCCUGUUGCCAGCAGCAAGUCCAACUCAGUCCUCUGCUGAGUGGGACUCUCUGGUGGACAACCAGGAGAUAAAAGUAGAGCAGGAAAACAGCCGUAAAGGGAGAAAUGAAAAGAACAAGAUCAUGCGUAGCCCCUGGCCUCUGACAGUACAGGCUUGGGCAUCUUACAUGGACCCAGGUCCAUUACCCACAGCUCCGUUACCCAUGGCUCCUGCUGGGGCUUCAGCAGUUGCCGAGGAUGGAGUCAACACAGGGCUUCAAAGCAGGUAUCGAAAGGAGGAGAAAGAUAAAAUGUUGCUGGUUACUUCUUAUCAGAGUGCUCAGGCUGGCAGCCCGUGCUCAAAUGUGACAUCAGGCCACAGCUCACUGGAGGAGGUUUCCUUUGCUAACGGUAGGUUGAACGUAGGGGAGAAAAGUGGGUGUAUGAGGAAGGAUAAAAAAGACCAAAGUGUCUUGUCUCCUUCUUGGCCUCUGACAUUCCAGGCUUGGACCUCAUUCAGAGCCAAAGGUGCGGUUCAGACUCUCUUGCAGGGCGAGUCUUCCAUGGCAAGUGUAAGGAUGAAUAUGGGCCAGAAAAGCUGGCCUCAAGUGGAGGAGAAUAGUAAGGAAGAAGCAAAGUCCAUUCUUCCUUGCCCUGUGAGGGUCCAGGCAGAUGCUUCCUUUGCAGCCAAAGCUCCAGGGCAGGAUUCAUUUGAGGGGACUUCUGCUCUCAAAGACCUGUUUUCCAAGCUGAGUCAAAGCAGGAGAAGGCCCCAGCAGGGAGAGGAGAGCCAAGUGCAGGGCAGUGCACAGUUUCCUCUGGAACCUUCCCAGGAUUGGAGAAAUACAGAGAGAUGCCCAGGGGAUAAGGAUUUGUGGGAGUGCGAGGUGAUGAAUUUUGCUAGGCAAGUCGACUGUUAA